UGCUGCAUUGUUGUCUACAACCGACAUCAUCAUGGUCGACCUUAUAUCGUCCAUGAUCAAUCACAAUGUCCUCGAAGUGAUAUUCUCCUAUUUGGAUUUAAGUGAUCUAAGGAAUUGUGCACUGGUCUGUCGCAGUUGGAAACAUUUUCUGGACGAUGAAAACAGUGAUGUUUGGCGCUCGCAUUGCAUUCGAAAGUUACCCGAAGAAGCCUUGAAAUCCGAUUUAAUGUCAUCGGUGCCCACAUAUAAAAUGAAAUUGCGAGCCUAUUAUCAUGCCUGGAAUCCAAAUGAUUGUUCGCGAAAUGUAUAUAUUAAACCGAAUGGUUUUACGUUACACAGAAAUCCCGUUGCUCAAAGUACCGAUGCAGCGCGAGGUAAACAGGGUUUUCGUCAAGGACGUCACACCUGGGAAGUGAUAUGGGAGGGACCAUUGGGUACGGUAGCUGUUGUCGGUAUAUCAACAAAAGAGGCGGCACUACAAUGCCAUGGUUAUGUGGCCUUAUUGGGAUCGGAUGAUCAAAGUUGGGGUUGGAAUUUAGUUGAAAAUCAUUUGUUACAUAAUGGCGAUGUACAAGGCAGUUAUCCAUUAUUAAAUAAUGCACCCAAAUAUCAGGUGGGUGAACGAAUACGUGUAAUAUUAGACUGCGAUGAAAAUACAUUAUCGUUUGAAAAAAAUUAUGAAUUUUUAGGAGUUGCAUUUAGAGGACUACCGGGUAAAAAAUUAUACCCCACGGUAUCAGCGGUUUAUGGCAAUACGGAGGUCUCUAUGGUUUACCUGGGGCCACCAUUAGAUGGUUAAAUAAUUAUUGAUUUUUAUUUUUUUGUUUAGUUAUUAAGUUUAUAAAGCAAUUUUUUUAAAAACAAAAAAAUUAAAAAAAUGAGACAUUCUA